AUGUGGCUCCGUCUCCUCAGCUUGGUGCUAUGGGCAGCGCUUGUCCAGGUCUCCCAGACGAAUGAGAAAAUCUCUCCGCGCAAAGCCUUUAUGGAUGGGGAUGUUAUCAUAGGGAUCCUCAGCUCUGUUCACUCCACAAUCGAUAACCUCCAGGGCCGUGUUCGACCAGAGGAGUUCACCUGCAGCAAUUUUGACCAGAUUUCCUUCGUCCGAAUGCUAGCUGCUAUCUACACUAUUGACACCAUAAACAAAGCUAAUUUUCUUCCUGGUGUUCGGCUGGGAUAUGCCGUUUAUGACCCAUGUGCUGGAGCCACCAAAGCUCUCCACUCUGUGGAACAGAUGCUGUCAACCAACGGCUCUUUGCCUGUCAUGGAUGAUUACUCUGAGUUCCGACCAAAAGUAAAGGUUAUCUUAGGGGCGCGAUACUCUCUGUUGACCAUCCCUGUGGCCAAACUUCUCAGCCUCUAUCUCUUCCCUCAAAUAAGCACCACAUCCUCCGCAGUUGUUCUGAGCGAUAAGCUGAAGUUCCCGGGGUUUUUCCGAGUGAUCCCCAGUGAUGUGUACCAGACAGAGGCCAUGGUGCAGCUCAUAAGAGACUUUGAUUGGAACUGGGUUGGUCUGGUCUCUAUGGAUGAUGACUACGGUAAGGGAGUCCACCAAAGUUUCCUGAAGGAUGCAGAGGAGGCUGGGGUGUGUGUGGCCUAUGAGAAGAUCAUUCCACACUAUCUGGGCCACGCGGAGAGUAAGAAACGAAUCAAGGAGGUGGCAAGGAAGAUACAGCUCUCUGAUGCACAGGUGGUGGUGGUGGUCCUCCGGCCAGAGCUGGUGGAGGUGCUGUUUGAGGAGAUGAUCCGCUCCAAUACCACUCGAGUUUGGAUCGCCAGUGAUGCUUGGUCCAGGUCUACAGAUGUGGCAACCAUGAAGGACGUCAACAAGGUGGGUGGUGUGUUUGGGUUCAGUUUCAUCUCAGGAAAAAUCACUGGGUUUGAGCAAUACUUACAGAACCUACCAAUCAGGCCAGGUGUGACAAAUGAUUUCAUUGAAGAGUACAAGCAGCUGAAGAUAGACUGCGCUCCUGGUUCUCCAGAGGUUUGCAGUAAGCCAAACGCUGAUUAUCUGGUGAAGAACAUAGAGCUUCCAUUGUUCUAUGGAGAGAGGGUGGCUAUUUGGAGCAUAGUUCAUGCUCUGAAAGAACAACUUGGAUGCGAUGAAACAUUUUGUCCAGGAGACACUCAUUUCCCUCCAUUUGAGCUUCGUGAGAAGCUCCAGAAGGUGAAUUUUACCCUUGAUGGUAAGAGAAAGUUCUUCGAUAAAAAAGGUGACUUUGAAGACGGCUAUGACGUCAUCAUGUGGGUGCCAGACGGUGAGCACAGACGUGCUGAAGUGAAAGGGAGCUUCACCAUACAGCCAAGAAAAGUGGUGGUCAAUAGUCAUGACAUCAUAUGGACUUCAACCCCCAACAACACUAGACCUGUAUCACGGUGCUCACCAUCAUGUAAUCCUGGCUCCUCAAAAAAGGUGUCUAAUGUUUCCUGCUGCUACAGCUGCACCCCCUGUGAUGAAGGGUCCUACUCAGACAGUGAUGAUGAAGAUGACUGCCAUCCGUGCCCUAAUGACACUUGGUCUCUGAAGGGAUGGACUAAAUGUGAACCACGCACUGUAAAGUAUCUGCAGUGGUCUGACCCAUAUCCCAUUGCUCUCCUAGUGGGAGUGGGCGUUGGGCUCCUGCUUCUCAUAAUAGUUUUUGUCUUUUUCAUUGUCUACCGGAACACUGUACUAAUCAAGUCCGCCAAUCUUCUCAUGUCUUGCUUCAUGAUGGUUGGUUUGGCGGUGAGUUUUGGAAGUGUGGUUCUAUUCAUGGAUGAACCCAGCAUCCACCUCUGCCGAGCCCAGCAGACCAUGUAUGCCUUGGGCUUCACCCUCUGUGUCUCCUGCAUCUUGGUCAAAGCCUUCCGCACGUUCCUGGCAUUCAUGGCUUUUGAUCCUGUGAGACACCAUCGUCUGAACAAGCUAUACAAGCCCCUGAUUAUUAUGGUCCUGGCAACCUCUGUUCAAGGGCUGGUCUGUGUGUUCUGGCUGAUCUAUGACACCCCUAAUGUGGAUCAGACUCCCCCAUCCAACCAGAGCAUGAUCCAUGUGCUGCAGUGCAGCGAGGGCUCCAACGUGGGUUUUGGGGUGAUGCAUGGCUACAUCGCUCUGUUAGCACUCAUCUGCUUCCUGCUGGCCUUCAAAGGAAGGAAGGUGCCGCACGACUUCAGCGAGACCAGCAUCAUCAUCUUCAGCAUGCUUAUCCACUUGUUUGUGUGGCUCUGCUUCAUCCCCAUCUACAUCACCAAAAAUGAGUCACGCCCCAUCGUACAGGCCUCCGCCAUCUUAGUCUCCAACUACGGCAUUAUAUUCUGUCACUUCUUACCCAAGUGUUACCGAGCCAUUUGGGGCAAACACACGACGGAGCAAAUCAGGGCUCGUCUACGCAAGUUUUCUGAGUCUAUAAACCACGCCUCCGUAGACUCCGGCCUUAGCUCCCAAGACUUAGAGAUGGACCCCGGGUCACGCCGCUCCGUAAGCUUUGCCCUUCCCCUAUUCACUUCAUCAGAGUCCUUGACAGAUUCUGGGUUUCUGCCUACCAGUAGGCAUCUUUCCCUGACCUCUGCUUCUCCCCAGUCAAUCAGUCCAUCAGCAGAAAACCCUUCUUUCAACCUGAGUCAUGCUGACUCUGUCUUUGUUAUAACAGCACCAGAGGGACCCACUGCUCUAGAGAGACCAGACAUGGCAAUAAGACAGAGACAGAGAAGCUGGUCCAUGUGA